CUCACCGUUACCAUAGCGACUGCCCCUCCCUCCCCGGACUGCAGAUCCUUGCUGCGUUGUCAACAUCUUUUAGCACCAGCAGCUCCAAAGCAGGUAGGAAAUUAUGUGAAAGAAUCUUCUGAUGUCAUAAUUUCUGGGUGUCACUGGAACAUUUGAUCAUCAUUCCUUUGGCAAUUCCAGUCUUCUAUGGAAGGUCAGUAGAAGCAAUUGAUUUAUUCAUCUCUACAGGAAUCAGACUCAGCCUAUUUUGCUGAGCCAUCCUGCCACCUGUUGGCAGCUCAGCGGCAGCUCAGGUUUUCAGUGAAUUAUGCCUUUUCAGUUUGGGACCCAGCCACAGAGGUUUCCAGUGGAAGGAGGAGAUUCUUCAACUGGGCUGGAACCUGGGCUGAGCUCCAGGGCUACCUGUAAUGGGAAGGAGAUGUUACCAGCCAGGCAACUCCGAAGAUGCCCUGGAAGCCAUUGCCUGACAAUAACUGAUGUUCCCAUCACUGUCUAUGCAACAAUGCGAAAGCCACCUGCACAAAGCAGCAAGGAAAUGCAUCCUAAAUAGCAUCAUUAAGUCUUUCGUAGAGGUUUGACUAGGUCAACGGUAGUGGGGCAGUAUCAUCUCAUGAUCUGGUAAACAAAUAAAUAAAAGUGGUGGCACCUUUGGAUGA